AUGGGAAAAAGCAACAAACAAGACGGUGAGCGAGCGUUUUCUCAUAUUUCCUAAUCACAAAUAUAAUUACAGAAUGUGGCGACCCAACUUUGCGCCGGAGUACAAGAAAGCGCAAGGUGAAGCGAGAGUCGGAUUUCGAUUAUGACUCCGACUUCAAUGGUCCUGUACGUUCUUGCUCUUCCGAUAUUCAGAUUUUCCCAAUUUUUGUUCAUCCAGGAGGUGAUGACUGUUUCGCGCGUAUCUCCGAAGAUUGUGCGAACUCAAACACCGUCGCCGAUUUCGAUGUCUUUUCCAGUUCGCAAGAAUCGAGGAAUGGAGACGCCCGAACCAAUCGAGAAGGACCAAUCGAUGGAAUACUACAAAGAAGCGUCUUCUUCGAGUCUUCCGACAUUGAACGUGGUUAACAUGAAACCACGAGAAAUAAUAGACACUCAUUGCAAAGUAUGCAAAAGUUUCAAAGACACAAUUUUUUUUACGAAAAUUCAAACAUUUCAGAUGUUGGAACGUCGUCUGGAGAAAGUCGCGUACGACUACAUUGAAGGAUGGACUUACACGCCCCCGAAGCUGAUCGUUCCGAGGUGCUUCCUCGGCGGAGACGCCGACCGCUACUCGGCCUCCGAACCAGACGACGUUGCUGUCUGCAAGGUUGUCAACGACAUGCUCGACGUCGUCUCGUACCUUAACAAAUAA